AUGUCGUUUGCGAAGGCGCCGCGAUUCCGAGAAGGGCACGCUGAUACACCUGGACCUGGGCAGUACAAGCCCAAAUUUACUAGCCGCUCAGGCGGUCCCAGCUAUAGCUUUGGGAAGCCCAGGGGCACACCAAGGCAACCUGGGCUUCCCAAGCUGCGCCAAGCCCAGCUGAAGCUGGUGGCGGAGCUUGGCCGCGGUGGGCUUGCCACCGUGCACAGAGCACGCUGCUAUGGCAAGGAAUUUGCUGUCAAGCUGUGCCGCUUUCAGCCUGGGCUGACAAACCCGGAGCAAGACCGGGAAGGCCUUCACAAAGAGGCUUUGCUCCUGGCAGGCCUGAGGCAUACAAAUAUCGUCAGGGCACUGUGCUUGGUGACGGACCAGCACGGAGUCAUGGGCUUUGGCCAGGAGCUCCUGGGGCAGUCCCUAGAAGCUGCCGCAAGCAUCGGCCAGCUGACCCCUCAGCGCCUGGCAAGUGCCGUGGCGCCCACCUGCAUGGCCCUGGCACAUAUGCACCAACUUCUCAUCGCGCACUUGGAUGUGAAGCCGGCCAACAUUUGCUUCACUGCCCAGCUGACUACAGUGAAGCUUAUUGAUUUCGAUGCUGCAAUGCCAUUGCAUCAUCCGGAUGAGGUGACGGAGCGCUUUCCAGGCAACCUCGCGGCACUAUCUCCCGAGAUCCUCGGCAAACUGCCGUACAGUCCCCUGGCGGAAGAUUGCUUCCAAGCAGGCUGGACUUACACCAAGCUCAUUGAGGUGACACAGGUCAUGUUCGACGAAGUGCUGCUGGCGCGUCUGAGCCCAUUGCUUGAGCCUGCCGACACACGCCCCACAAUGCAGAAGAUGCUCGACGACCACCUGCAACGAUCAGAGGCGCUGGUCAGACAGCUGCAGCCCGAGGGGCGCCCAGUCCUUCUGGGCAGCCGACCUCAACCUGACAAUCCAUUGCUGAAGCUCUUUGGAUAA